AGGCCUCCAGUGGAAAAAGUGGGGGGGCUCAGUCAGUUGGGUUUCCAUCUUCGAGAUUUCCACCUCGCGGGCUCUCUCGUCCUCGCUCGUUCCUGCCACGCAGUGCUAACCUCUUUCUGCUCGGCUAACAGCCCAACACCACCGGAGGAAACAUGGAGGCCAUCAAGAAGAAAAUGCAGAUGCUGAAGCUAGACAAGGAGAAUGCCAUCGACCGGGCAGAGCAGGCUGAGGGGGACAAGAAAGGAGCAGAGGACAAAUGCAAACAGUUGGAGGAGGAGCUGCUGGGUUUGCAGAAGAAGCUGAAAGGAGUGGAAGAUGAACUUGACAAAUACUCCGAGUCACUGAAGGACGCCCAGGAGAAACUCGAACAGGCUGAGAAAAAGGCAGCAGAUGCUGAAGCUGAGGUGGCAUCUCUAAACAGACGUAUCCAGCUGGUGGAAGAGGAGUUGGACCGAGCCCAGGAGAGACUGGCGACUGCUCUACAGAAGCUGGAGGAAGCUGAGAAGGCAGCUGAUGAGAGUGAAAGAGGAAUGAAGGUCAUAGAGAACAGGGCAAGCAAGGAUGAGGAGAAAAUGGAGAUCCAGGAGAUGCAACUUAAAGAGGCCAAACAUAUUGCUGAAGAAGCUGAUCGCAAAUAUGAAGAGGUUGCACGCAAACUUGUGAUUCUUGAAGGUGAUCUGGAGCGAUCAGAGGAGCGUGCUGAGGUGGCAGAGGCUAAAUCAGGUGACCUUGAGGAAGAAUUGAAAAAUGUCACCAACAACUUGAAGUCACUGGAGGCUCAGGCUGAAAAGUAUUCACAGAAGGAGGAUAAAUAUGAAGAAGAAAUUAAACUUCUUACCGACAAACUUAAAGAGGCUGAGACCCGAGCAGAAUUUGCUGAGCGAUCCGUGGCCAAGUUGGAGAAGACCAUUGAUGAUCUGGAAGAAAAACUGGCCCAGGCCAAAGAAGAGAACCUGGACAUGCAUCAAGUGUUGGACCAAACCCUUCUGGAGCUCAACAAUUUAUAAAGACAUUUUCCGAGGCAUCAUUCACAGUGUAGACUUCAUACAAUGAAACUUCACUUGACCAUCUUUGUCCAUUGAAAUAUUGUCAAGAUGCGAAUGGAGAGGGGAGUUAGUAAGUUAAGGGAUCAUAAAAUAUUGACCCCCGCCCAAAAAAAUGGGUGUAGUCAAAAAAUGUUAUAGCAUUUCCUCACGAUAAUAGGUCAAUGUUGAGAAAUUUUAAAUUUUACUUGUACUCUGAGGGACGUAUCUUACUCAUUGGCAUUACCCCAACAACCUUAUCUACAGUAAACUCCAAUCAUUAAAAGAAAAGUUUGCUUUUUUAUAUUUUUACAUGGUAUAUAUUUUCCACAUUUAUUAAUACAGCACAACAAUCUCCAACCCUAUUUUUUUUAACUUUAUUUCUCAAAAGGCUUGAAUAAAAUUAUUGCAAUGAUUUUGGAAGAGGUCACUGAUGGUGUAUUGUUAUACUAUAUGUUAUUUACUAGUCUUCUGUGCAGGGUGCAUGGGUUAAUUUUCCACUGAUGGUGUGAAUUAAAGUCUGUCUCUAUAUAUGCCCUGUGAAUGACUAGCAAUCAAGCCAGGGUCUAGUCUGUCUUUCGACUGAUGCCAGCUGGGAUAGGCUUCAGCUGCCCACAAGUGAUACAGAAAAUACAUGGAUAGAGGGAUCUGUGAAUUUGGAAGACCCAGUUUGACUGAUGGUGAUUGCUAAUUUUGGGCACUCAUACAAAAAACAAAAAAAAAACAAAUGACAUUUCAUUCAUGUAACUCUUUUAUAUCUCAUAUAUUCACACUCAGAACAGUAAAUCUAUUUCAACUAGGCUAUUCUGGUUGUCUUGGGAAAUAUUUUGCCAGUUAAUACAUACAAGUGAAACCUAACUCUUUGUUCCUUAAACCCUUCGAUUGCUCAGUUAGAAGACAAGAGGACUGUAAAGCCUCAAAGCGGACAUCCUUAGGUUACUAGCUGAAAUCUGGCAUGAAGAAAAUUUUAAAUAAUUACAAAUAACAAUAAUAGGGACCAAAAGUAAUCACGGUUUAUUCAUCCAAAUCUACCAAUUACCUGUAGAAAAUGCCAAAAUUGCUCAUAAUGACAUGAAUGGCUUCCAAUAACGCUAUCUGUAGGAAUAAUUGUGAUCAUAAUUAUCAUACAUCUGCUUCCAAUAAAGAAAUGCUUUGCUCUGCUCUAGAUAACAUGGCAGCCUCCUAGCAGGAGAUAGCAAGAACAAAAAAGUCUAAUCAUCAGAACUGUUAGAACUGCUGCCUGUUAAUGAAAUGAUGACCACACAUGUAUUCAGCAAUCUUCCACACAUGCACACGCACGUGAACAAACAUGUACACCUUGUUUCAAACUGUUUUGCUUGUCGUCUCCGUUUUGUAACAUCCAUGUAAAUAAGGGGCGUCUUAAAACUAAAUAAAUAGAGGUGCUGAGGAGAGGAUAAUCAGAGAGUGCAGUGGUGAAUUGUACGAGACAGUUCCUCUCCUCUCUCCUCGCGAGACUUGAA